AUGAACUCCUCCAUGAUGGACACCAAUAUGAACAGCAGCAUGGGCAAUAACAUGAGCCCCAACAUGGACACCAACAUGAACAUGGACACAAACAUGAGCAUGAACAACACCAUGGAACCAAAAAUGGGCAUGGACGCCCAAUCUCCCAUCCAAAAAUACCAAUCCCUCCUUUCAACCAACAAAUUCGUCUUCCUCGUCUUCUUCCGCGGCCACUGGUGUCCCUUCUGCAUGGGCUACCUCCGCACCCUCACCGCGCUCUCCCCCUCAAUCACCGCCGCCGGCGGCGCCGUCCUGAUCGUCACCGCAGAACCAUCCUCCUUCCUGCCCUCGACGCGCGAGAAGACCAGCUACACCGGCGACGCGAUCUCCGACACCAAGAACGAGCUCGCGACGCAUUUGCGCGCAAAGGGACUGCUUGAUGUGGCGAUCACGGAGAAGAAGGGGUAUGAGCACGGGAUGGCGCAGCCGGCGAUUUUGGUGCAGAGUAAAGAGGGGGAGGUGUUGGAGAAGUGGGCUAUUGUUCCUAGUGCUAUGAAUCUUGGUGGUGCGAAGGAUAGGCCGGAGUUGGAGCAGGUGUGGGAGAAUGUGCAAGCGAAGAUGGCGGGGAAGAUGAAGGUGCAUUCCAGCUAUAAGAAGAUUGGUGCUUUGAGUUUCUUGUGGAAGAAGAUCUUUGGUUGA